CCCAAUCACAGGGAGGCAGAGAGAAAGAGCUCUUACGCAAAAGCUAGCCCUAAAACACAGACACAGAGACACAAAAAUUAAAAAGGCCGAACCAAAAUCCAAAUCGUGAAUCCUCCCCACUCACUCGCACUAACCCCACUACUCUCUCUCUCUGUCACUGUAGGGAUAUCUGUCGCCCUCAAUUGCGACUUUCCACCACUCACAUCUCUCUCUCUCUCCUUCUUUCUCACUCUCUCGCUCUUUCUUUAUAUAAAUUAGGGUUUUGUUUGGCGAUGAGUCAAGAUUCGGGCCCUAAGGAAGCGGAGGACGAGCCCGCGGCUUUUGAGUCCAUUGAAGUUUCCAAGGGCGCUGAGGAUACCGAACCGACCGCUUCCGCAGAGGAGGACGCCGUGGAGAAGCCCGACGAUCCAAUGGAUGAGGACUCUGUGAGUCCCGCCACCGUCUUCUGUAUCCGGCUUAAGCAGCCCCGCUCCAAUUUGCAGCACAAGAUGAGUGUCCCCGAGCUUUGUCGCAAUUUUAGUGCUGUUGCUUGGUGUGGGAAACUGAAUGCCAUAGCUUGUGCAUCAGAGACUUGCGCAAGAAUUCCGAGUUCUAAUGCAAAUCCACCAUUUUGGAUCCCCAUACAUAUUGUGAUCCCAGAGCGACCAACUGAAUGUGCAGUGUUCAAUGUCACAGCUGAUUCUCCACGCGAUUCUGUUCAGUUUAUUGAGUGGUCUCCUACUUCCUGCCCCCGUGCCUUACUAAUAGCUAAUUUUCAUGGGAGCAUAACCAUUUGGACUCAGCCUUCUCAGGGAUCAGCUAGUCUGGUACGUGAUGCGAGCUGCUGGCAGCCUGAGCAUGAAUGGCGACAGGAUAUUGCAGUUGUUACAAAGUGGCUAUCAGGGGUGUCUCAGUAUAGGUGGCUUUCCUCAAAAGCCGGUACCGCUGUAAACUCAAAGUCAGCUUUUGAGGAAAAGUUCCUUUCACAGCAGUCUCAAACUUCGGCUCGGUGGCCCAACUUUCUGUGCGUCUGUUCUGUUUUCUCAUCAGGCUCUGUUCAACUUCAUUGGUCACAGUGGCCUCCAAGUCAGAAUGGUGUAGCAUCGAAGUGGUUUUGCACAAGCAAAGGACUUUUGGGUGCUGGACCUAGUGGGAUAAUGGCUGCUGAUGCCAUCAUAACAGAUAGUGGUGCUAUGCAUGUGGCAGGUGUUCCUAUCGUGAACCCAUCCACUGUUGUUGUUUGGGAGGUCACUCCUGGCCCUGGAAAUGCAUUUCAAGCAACUCCAAAGACAAGUUCAAGCAAUGGGGUCCCACCUUCACUUAAUCCUCCCAGUUGGGCAGGUUUUGCCCCUUUGGCUGCAUAUUUAUUUAGUUGGCAAGAAUAUUUAAUAUCUGAAGCUAAGCAAGGAAAAAGGACUGAUCAAGAUCUCAAUGACACUGUACCACUUCAUUGCUCACCAGUUUCAAACUUUUCUGCUUAUGUGAGUCCUGAGGCUGCAGCUCAAUCUGCAGCUACCACUACAUGGGGUUCUGGGGUUACUGCCGUUGCCUUUGAUCCAACCCGUGGUGGUUCCGUGAUAGCUGUUGUGAUAGUUGAGGGACAGUACAUGUCUCCUUAUGAUCCGGAUGAGGGUCCUUCCAUUACAGGAUGGAGAGUGCAACGUUGGGAAUCAUCACUUAAGCCUGUUGUCCUCCAUCAAAUAUUUGGCAACCCCACUUCUAGUUAUGGUGGGCAAGCACCCAUGCAAACAGUUUGGGUGUCUAAAGUGGAUACAAGCAUUCCUCCAACUAAUGAUUUUAAAUCUCAUGAGGCAGCCGCAACAGGUCCCACUUCUGAUGUAAGAAAGACAUCUGAUCUGACUGUUGAUAAGGGACAAAAAGUCAUUUUUGAUCCCUUUGAUCUCCCAAGUGAUGUUAGGACACUUGCUCGAAUUGUCUAUUCUGCUCAUGGUGGCGAGAUUGCUAUUGCUUUUCUGCGGGGUGGGGUCCAUAUUUUUUCUGGUCCAAACUUUGCACCUGUUGACAACUAUCAGAUUAAUGUUGGAUCUGCAAUUGCGGCUCCUGCCUUCUCUUCAACAAGCUGCUGUUCAGCUUCUGUUUGGCAUGACACUAGCAAGGACCGCACAAUGUUGAAGAUAAUUCGUGUUCUUCCUCCUGCUGUUCCAAGUAGUCAAGCAAAGGCCAACUCAUCAACCUGGGAGCGUGCAAUUGCUGAGAGAUUUUGGUGGAGCCUUUUGGUUGGAGUUGAUUGGUGGGAUGCUGUUGGCUGUACACAGAGUGCUGCUGAGGACAGCAUUGUUUCUCUGAACAGUGUCAUUGCAGUCUUGGAUGCGGAUUUUCAUUCUCUUCCUUCUACACAGCACAGACAACAGUAUGGUCCUAGUCUAGACAGGAUAAAGUGCAGGCUACUGGAAGGUACAAAUGCACAAGAAGUUAGGGCAAUGGUUCUUGAUAUGCAAGCAAGGUUGCUGCUGGAUAUGCUGGGGAAAGGAAUCGAAUCAGCUUUGUUAAAUCCUUCAGCUUUAGUACCUGAGCCAUGGCACGCAUCUGGUGAGACGUUAUCUGGCAUUGAUCCUGAAGCAAUGGCUGUUGAACCUGCACUAGUACUGAGUAUUCAGGCAUAUGUUGAUGCUGUUCUUGAUCUAGCUUCACAUUUCAUUACACGCUUGAGGCGCUAUGCAAGUUUCUGCCGCACGUUGGCUAGUCAUGCGGUUACUGCUGGCACUGGAAGCAAUCGCAACAUGGUGGCUAGUCCUACCCAAAGUUCUGCAACUCCUGCCACAAGUCAGGGAGGUCAAAGUGGUACUGCAAGCUCCACAGGAAGCACCCAAAUGCAAGCUUGGGUACAAGGUGCUAUUGCUAAGAUCAGUAGCACAAAUGACGGAGUGUCCAACUCAACUCCAAACCCUAUAAGUGGUCCAUCAUCUUUCAUGCCGAUAAGCAUUAACACAGGAACUUUUCCAGGAACACCUGCUGUUAGGCUUAUUGGGGAUUGCCAUUUUCUUCAUCGAUUAUGCCAACUUUUGCUUUUCUGUUUUUUCUUUCGGCGAACACAGCUUCCCCGCUUUCUUUUGGGUGCACAGAGAAAUGCUGAAACAAAUAUGCAAAAACCUCAGCCCAGUGCUCCUAGCAAGUUGGAGGAGAUCAAUUCUGUCUCUGCAAAACCAGCUUCAGCUGUGGCCAGGUCGGAAGAUGGUCAGAUAUCUAGAGUUAAUCAACUCCUACCUGGGGCAAAAGGAGUUGAAGAAGGACCUGCUGGCCGGUCAAGAUUAGGUUCUGGAAAUGCCGGUCAAGGAUACACUUUUGAGGAGGUGAGGGUCCUUUUCCUUAUACUUAUGGAUCUUUGUCGGCGAACAGUUGGCCUGGCACAUCCCUUACCUGUUUCUCAGGUGGGGAGCAACAACAUCCAGGUGCGGCUGCAUUACAUUGACGGAAAUUAUACAGUACUUCCAGAGGUUGUAGAAGCUUCCCUUGGCCCACAUAUGCAGAAUAUGCCCCGGCCUAGAGGUGCAGACGCUGCUGGUCUGUUACUCCGUGAGCUAGAACUCCAUCCUCCUGCUGAAGAGUGGCACAGGCGGAAUAUGUAUGGUGGGCCUUGGUCUGAUCCAGAUGAUAUGGGUCAUCUAGAUGACUCUCCCAAGCUAAGAAAUUCUGGAGACCCGAUUGAUUUCAACUCAUUGGAAAAUUCAGAUGUCUAUUAUGGUCCCCAUAGCCUGUGGCCGAGGAAACGCAGGAUGUCUGAAAGAGAUGCAGCUUUUGGCUUGAACACUUCUGUAGGACUGGGAGCAUAUCUUGGUAUAAUGGGUUCUCGUAGAGAUGUUGUUACUGCUGUGUGGAAGACUGGCCUUGAAGGUGUUUGGUAUAAGUGUAUAAGAUGUUUGCGGCAGACUUCCGCUUUUGCUUCACCGGGUGCUUCUCACCCACCUAAUCAAAAUGAUCGGGAAACUUGGUGGAUCAGCCGCUGGGCUUAUGGCUGUCCGAUGUGUGGUGGAACAUGGGUUCAAGUUGUAUAGAUGACUGCGUCACUUCAUGACAUAUUUGUCUGUUAGAUUUUGAAGCUUCUGGCUCAAACCUUGAUGUAUCUAUUCUGUGUAUUAUUGGGAAAACCUCUUCCAGAUGGAUAAUUUUAUUUGUCUACAUCACUGUUACCAAGAGAUUAUUGACAGAAUUCGCUCUUGAUAGAAGGAAGUAUUUGAAUCUGGUCGUGAUGGAAGGAUUUUUGCUUGAAUGGUGCCAGCCUGCUCUGCAUCGGCCAGCAAAUGCCUAUUACAGCAACAUCUUGUACUUUUCAAAGAUACAUUUUUAUUUUUCUUUUGGUUUUCCAAGGAUAUUUCGAGGCUAUAAAAGGUAGAAGUUUGGGAUUUA